AUGUUGCAGCGCGUAGCGGCCGAGCUACGAACGCGCCAGGUCAAUGUGAAGGAUGACUGGUUGCAGCUGUGCAUGGAGCACAUUAGAAUGGAGGAGGGGAUCGGAAACGAUGGCAAUCCACGACAGCUCGCCGAUGCUGUAUUCAACCAUUUCCUUAUGGCGGAUCUCAACGCUAUUGCCUCGCAAGGGACUCUGCCGAACGUCGAGAGGAUGCACAAAGACCAGAUUGCCGGAAGCCACCUCCUGCAGAUCGAUGAGAUGGUAAACAUCGAAGCGCCCAUCGAGCACGUGGGCCGCGUUGCUGAUCAGGACGAAGACGAGGAGAAGGCGCUCGAGAAGAAGCAAAGACACGAAGCCGACGGCGCUCGCGGUGGAAGGGGCGGUCGAGGAGGCCGCGGCGGCUUCGCCCAGCAGAACCAGCGCCAGGGCCAAGGCGCUGGCACUACCAACUCCAACUACCGUACGUUCAAGCUGAGCCUCACCGACGGCGUGCGGCGAGUGUUCGCCCUCGAGUACCGUCGCGUGCCCGUGCUCGAUCUCGAGCGCACGCCGCCGGGCACCAAGAUCCUCGUGCGCGACGUGCUCGUGCGGCGCGGCGUGCUGCUGCUCCUCCCCCAGAACGUGCAGGUGCUGGGCGGCCGCGUGGCGAGCCUCGUCGAUGCCCACCUCCAGACCAUCGAGUACAAGCGCAAGCGAGGACAGGGAAUAGUCGAGGAGCCGCCAACGGUGAACGCAACGGGCGCCCAGCAACAGGCGCCGGACGGCGACUGGCGAUCGAACGCCGCUAAGCGGCCACGAAUGGAAGUCGAUGAGGUCGGCACCGUCACGGCUACUACGUCCAGCUUCAAUUCGUACGACAAUACGGCCAAGGCUGCUGCCUCUCGGCCAGCGGCGUCGACUUCAUUGUCUGCCGGCCUCAACAACUCCACCGCACCGAAGCUGCGCUCAUCGUACUCGGCGUCGUCUUUAUUAUCAUCGUCUUCUUUAUCCUCCACAUCUUCUUCUUCUUCUACUCCUACUUCUUCAUCUCUCGCCUCCUCCGCAGCCACCUUUGCUGGUGCGUUCGCUUCCUCCUUGGUCCCCACGACCCGGCAAUCUGCCGCACCAGCCGCCCAGCCGCAAUCAUCCACAUCCACAUCCACAUCUUCCACCUCAUUGUCGUCAUCAUCGUCAUCUUCCACGUCCGUAGUCUCAAUACCCUUCUUCUCGCGAUCGUCAUCGUCGUCGCGCUCCUCGGCCACAACACUCCCUUCUUCGGCCACCAGUCGGAUAUCGCCCCUCACCCCGCCCGGUAUCGACGAUUCCAGCGACAGCAUCGAAGACGACGAGGCGGAGACCAAGCCGACGUCGGCCGCCAAGCUACUGCGCGUCAAGGAGGAGAGUGCCACGACUGUGGGGAGUGCCGAGGGCGAACAGCCCAGCAGCAAGCCGAAAGGGCUUUCGCUUUCCCUCAAGAAGAAGACCAUCGUGAAGGAGGAGCCUGCCGUCGAGGCCGUCAUCUCCCUCCUCGACGAAGAGCUUCCAUCGCCCAUUCCAGUCAAGGAUGAGCCUGGCCAGGCCCGACCAGCCGACGACUACCUGGCGGACGUGCCCGACGACUUUGGCUUCAGUCUGGGCGACCUGGCCGAGUUCGACGAGCACCCACCAGCGGACGUCAGGAGCCCCGAGCCCUUCGUGUACAUAGACGAGCUUCGGCCGGAAGACAUGGCGACCGGGCGCAAGGUGACGCUGAAAGCAGCCUCCAUCGAACUCCUCAAGGGCUCCUUCCAGUACAAGACUGGGAAGUAUUCGCUGGAGCUCAAGCUGGAGGAUGGCAGCGGCACGCUGCAGGCCCUCAUGUCCGACGAGGUGGUGGCCGAGAUGAUGGGCGUGACGUGUACAGAGUUCAAAGCCAACCUCACGAGAGGCCCAGAGGGCAUCAACGAGAACAAGCGGCGCAUGCGACAGCUCGAGGUGGCGUUGUUCAACCUGGAGGGCCUCAUGGACCUCAUGCUGGAGGAUCCGAAGCCGCUGGUGACGCGCGUCUACCGACCCACAACAGAGCACGCCAAGCAGCUCCUCGCUCGCGUGUCCUCCUCCUCCCAGCUCAACUCGCCCUCCCAACGACGAAACCCUUUGUCGCAAUGA